UCAUUUUAUAAAAAUGAAUGGAUACCUAUUUCUAAGAAUGAUAUAUUACUGUAUAAACUGAAGCAUAAUUUUAUAAGCAGUAGACAUAAUGUGGCAAAUGAUGAUGCAAUUAAUGACACAGCAACAACUGUUGAGGAGGAUGAUAUGAAAUUGUUAAGAGACGGUGUAAUUAAGGUGGUGACACCUCAAAUUAUAUUAAAUACCAGACCUUUCCGUGAUCCAUUUCAAGAAAAUAUAAAUAGAAAUAAAUUUCAAGAGGUGUCUAAUGAAUGUUUAGAGUGCAAGAAUGAUCCUGAAAACUUAGAGGUUCAAAAUUCAAUACAACCGACUGAGGAAAAACAUACACAAAAAAUAUACAAUAUUACAAAAGCUGUUCGUAAAUCUAAAGCGAUUACAGAAAACGAACCUUUAAAAUUUUUUAACAAUAUUGUCAAAUUAAAUAAUAAAAUCAAUAAUAUUGGUGAAAACAAAGAUUUUCCUAGAAGUGAAGAUAUAAGUACAGCAGAAUCUCAUAAUACAUAUGAGGUAACAGAAGAUUUUGGAAGACCUAAAAUUGAAGUUAAUCAAGAGAAUAACGAAAAUAAAUAUGUAUAUCCAACGGCGCUGGUUUAUUCAUUAGAACUGCGGCAAUACAUCGCCAACACACUCAAUAAACUGCUGAUAGAACUCCGACACACACGCCUCGCUUUGUACGGCGUCGGUUAA